GAAGUUGAAGUCAUCAUUUGCCGUGUUUGGAACGAAAUUCUUGCUUCGCCUGAAAUGAUACCCUCCCCCCUGAAGGGACCGUUGUCUUAUUGAUGUUCUAACGGGAAUGUUGGCCGGGAAUGUUCGCGCCUACGGUAAAGAUGUUAACACUAAUUGUACGUUUGUGAACUUCUCGUUCUCGGACCGUCUCGUGCGGAUCUGCUUCCAGGUGUUACUCUAAAUCACGACCAAGAGCCGAUGUCGUAUGAUUGCUGCUUUAUGGCGUGUUCUUGUAUCACAAUUUCCAUCCGCUUUGCGUCACUGAUUGGAGCAUUUUCCGGGGGGUUUGAAACACUUGACUUUCCUCAAACCUAAAAUAUGCUAAACAGAAGCGGAUCUCACGGUGGUAAACGCGUCAACGGCGUCGACUUAAUCAAAUCCCUUUCCCCGGGGGGGAGGGGGGGGGGGUUAGAGGAGAACAGGAGGAGAAUCGUGAGAAAAUGUACGCGAGCCGUUGCGCCAUUCACCUUUCUUCAACUUUUCCCUUCUUUUUCGCACCGCGUCGCUGUUUUGAAGAUGAGAGAGGAGGCUUACAUGUAGUGCGCCGUUCAUGUUUAUGCCACCACAUCACCACCACUUUCUACCCCCGAAAACAUGUCGAACACUCACCUUCCCCUUUGAUGGGGGGGCCUAUCACCGGCAUCACCGAGCGAAAUCGAAAACGAUGGCAACAACAGCAGCACACGCUCCCUGAUUAGUAUUAGGCCAGUUCAACCCCAUCAUCAUCAUCAUCAUCAUCAUCAUCACCUGGAGUCCCACCUGCCAAUAAAUUGAAUCAAAAGGCGAAGAAGACACGCGGCGGAGUGUUUGGCGCAAUGGUGCGAUAGGAAAAUUCUAGUUUUCCCAAAACGAUGGACCUUGGAGAAGGGGUCUAUCCAUUCACUUCCACCACCUCUAUCUAUCACUGUUUUUCGCUUCAGUCUCGUCUCCGUCAUCUGACUAUCAAACUGUUCGGCGUCCACGGCAGCCGCAAACAACCAUCAGCGCACUUCGCAUCCGCAAAACUAUUCGCACGCGUUUUCCCUCCAAACAAUUUCACCUGAUCACUUCUCGAAACAGAGACAGAUAGAGACUGAAAGAAAGAAGGAGACGGAAUGAAAUUACGCCAGCAGCGGCUUUUCACUCUCAUAAAAAGUGUUUUCCUUUUUUUUUUAAAGAUAAGUGAAACCGUAUUUCUCGAUCGAUGGCUCGGCUCCGUAGCAGCGAAAGGCUGAUGCGUAUGCUGCGUCGAAUUGAACAUCGAAACAGCGGGGUUCGGGAGAGUGGAAGGAGGGAAAGGGGAUAGUUUGCACGCGCGCCCGCUCCCCCCCCCCCCCCAGAGAUCGGGUUGAAAAGCAAUC